AUGACCACGGACCUGGAUCAGAACCCCCGCUCUCUGCUGGUCUCGGAGAGAUCCAGUUUCCGAGACCUAAAGAACCGGAUCAGCUCUCAGGUGGAGCAGCUACACCUGAACUACAAGGUAAACCUGUAAGCAUGGGGCUAACCCGGGAGCCUGUGUGCUUCACUUCGCGUUUAACGCCACCGGAAGCCUCACGACCUCGCUCACGAUGCGUCAAGACCGCCGCCAUCUUGGAGCGGUCUGUCCCUGGGUUUCCGUGGGUUACCAUGACAACAGCGUCUGUUUACAUCCCAAAUCAUGUUCACCAAUACCGCCCUAAGAUGGCAGCGGUCUUGACGCAUGCGCUGCUUUUGUCUCUUACGGGUCGUGAGGAAGCGACACAGGGCGAGCACGGGAUUUCAAAAUAAAAGUCUGGAGUCCUAACAAAAAGGUAAAUUAAUAAAAUAUGAAAAAUGUAAAUUAAAUGUCAAAAUAAACAUUAUAAUAAUAUUCCGUAGAUAUUAAAUAUGAAAAAAACAAACAAAAAGAUGUUAAAGUGAAAAAAAUGAAGCUGAAACGAGUUUUAAUCAAAGUGGAACGACGAAGAUUUCAGGUCCUUUUACUGUGAAACUUCAGACUUUAUAUGAGAUCAGAUUAACCCUUUAAAUACCUACAACACCUCCACCUACAACACCUUCAUCUACAACACCUACACCAUCUACACCUACAACACCUCCAUCUACAACACCUCCACCUACAACACAUACAUCUACACCAUCUACACCUACAACACCUACAUCUACAACAUCUACACCUACACCACCUUCAUCACCAUCAUCUCGAACUUCUUCAUCUAUACCUACAACACCUCCACCUACAACACCUCCACCUACAACACCUCCACCUACAACACCUACAUCUACAGCAGUUUUUACCUGGUCAGAGACCUGCCCAUACACCACCUACAUCUACACCAUCUAUACCUACACCACCUUUACCUACAACACCUCCACCUACAACACCUACAUCUACAACACCUACACCUACAACACCUUCAUCUACAACACCUUCAUCUACAACACCUACAUCUACACCAUCUACACCUACAACACCUCCACCUACAACACCUACAUCUACACCAUCUACACCUACAACACCUUCAUCUACAACACCUUCAUCACCUUCAUCACCAUCAUCUCGAACUUCUUCUCAGGUCUCAGGUUCCUUCAUCAUCUUCAUCCAAAUGUCACGUUGCUUCACCUGUUCAGGUAUCUUUGCUGCUUCCUGAGUGUGGCUCCGCCCCCCUCACCUGGACCCGAGUCUCAACCUGAGUCUCACCUGUGUGUCUGGUCAGAGUCACCUGACUCAUCUCUCUGGACAAAGACUCCUUCGACCGCAGUGUACCCAGGUAAGACCUGAGCACACCUGAGGAAACAUGUCAACACCUGUUCACACCUCGACUUUACUGAAGGUCCGUCUGGACAAAAGGAUCGACUAAACAACAGUGUGUGUGUGUGUGUGUGUGUGUGUGUGUGUGUAGGGAGUGUGUAUGGUGUUUCCUACAGGACCAGGAUCGAUGAGGACAACUGUGUGUCUCUGACUCCUAAAGGUAAAUACUGAUGAUGUCAUCAGAGGCUCAGGUAUUUUGGACUCAGGUGAAGGUGAGAGUGAAGACUCGUCUGACCCGUCCAGAACUUUGAACACUCACCUGAGGACCCGGGUCUCACCUGAGGACCCGAGUCUCACCUGAGGACCCGGGUCUCACCUGAGUCUCACCUGUCUGUCUGCAGGUCACCUGACUCUCUCUCUGGACAAAGACUCCUUCGAGGUGUUGGGGGUCGAGGGGAAACCGUCCAGAUUCAACCACCGAGUAAAAAAACGAUUCGGUACGAAUCACAGCGCCGUGACAUCACAGUGACAUCAUGACCUUGACACCAAAACACCUUCUUAAUGAAUUCAUCUUCACCAUGUGUGACCUUUGUCCACCUGUUGAGUACCUGUACUCACCUGUGUGUACUUUUCGAAGUAACUCGGCGUCUUCGUCUCCUUUCAGUCGUCUCUGUGGAUUUGACGGACAGCUGCAUGGCUCCAGGUGGGCGGGGCUACCUGAGGCUCCUCGCAGGUCUGAAGUCCAGACUGCGGCUGAAGAUGGACUUCCUGUUGUCACAUCAUCCAGGUGAGUGACAUCAUCACCCAGGUGUAGCUAAUGAUGACGCUAAGCUAACGUUAACACUGCUGCCUGCCCGUAGGGGGCGGAGCCUCUCUGCAGACCCUCCUGUCUCGUCAUGAUUGGUCAGAACACAGACCUGAGGUCAGCCGUCACACCUUGACUCACCUGUCCUGUCCUGCCCUGCUGACCUCUGACCUGCUGUCAUGUGACCCUCACAGCUUCCUGGAGUGGCUUGGAGCCGCACACGCCCACAUCAGCUGGUGAGAGGACGGUCGCCAUGACGACGUGUCUCUGCUGUCAGCGUUCUUACGUGACGUUUCUUCUUCUGUGGUUUCAGCGGGAACACGUCCAGCAGCUUCCUGUCCUCGCUCGUCUGUCCUGAGCCGAAGACGGCGCUCAGCCGCGCUCUGAGCGUGUCCGUCUGCGGUCUGCUGCUCCCCCAAGACAUCCACCGCCUCCUCCAGCAGAUCAGGUCAGCUGACCUUUGACCUCGACCACCAACUGAAGUGUCUGAUUAACUGUUCCCAGCUUAGUGCUAAGCUAAUGCUUAGCAGCGUGUGAUAGCAUGUUAGCCUUCGGUUAGCUGUUAAGAGUUAGCUCAAGUUGUGAAGGUGUGACAUCAUGUGGUGGGCGGAGUCCAUGAAGGUAGCGUGAUGAGUGUUUGAACUGUCCUCACCUGUCCUCAGGGUUUACCUGGAGGAGUCACACCUGGAGUCUUGGGCGUGUCUGACGGUUCACGGGUUUGUUGAUAGUCCGGUUUCAUGGGGCGCCAACGAACAUGGCGUCCUGAGGGGCGGGGAGAACUUCUACAGUCUGCUGAUGUUCCACGAUGACGUCUACUACCUGCAUCAGGCUACAGGGGCGCACGACACCUGUCCACCAUGA